AUGAGCAGGAUUUCAAAGCACCUGAGUCUCGCAUGUGAGGCAGGUGCUACCUAUCGGCUUCUGAACCAGGGAGUCUCGAAGCUGGAACUACAGAUUCAAUCAGACCUGUUGGGAGCAGCUUUUGGCAACAAUCCAACAUCCGUCCUGGAUGCAGGGGCGACAUCAAGAAUACUUCGGACGGUGCAUGCUUGGAAGGACAAACUCGGGGCCGUGAAUGCUUCCACCGCUUUGCAUCUACUGGCACAGUCAAGUCAGUCGACUGAUGCGUUGCCUCGGCUGCACCAGGAAAGUGCGGAGCUAGUCUUGUCGACUGUUGGUGGCAAUGCUCAGCCUCGUGAUCUUGCCGUCGCAAGCUGGGCAGCGGCAAAACUACGGCUCGAGCGUGCUGGCUGUGCAGACACAGCCUUGCAGGCACUGAACAUUGCAGCUUUAGCCUGUGCGGCUCGCAUGGAUGGACAAGAUAUGGCGAACAUCGCCUGGGCUUUCGCAACCAUGCAGCUGCAGGCAGAAGAGCUGUUGACAGUAUUGGCAGAGGAGGCCAGCACGAAAUUACAGCAGUUUGAGCCGAAGCACAUGGUCGUACUGACCUGGGCCCUUGCCAAGGCCAAGGUCCGCUCCGAAGACUUCUGCUGGGCUGCUGCCAGUGAGACACAGAGGUCCAAAGCUAGCAAGUGGAUGCCCCAGGAUAUCUCCAACUUCCUUUGGGCCAAUGCCGUUCUACGAUGUGAAGCGCCGGUGCCGAUGGAGAUUCUGGCGGCCAGAGCGGCGGAUCUUCACUGGAAGCAGUUUCGGCCCCAGGAGCUGUCCAUCUCGAUGUGGGCCGCAUAUACUCUGGGAGUGCACGGCAGAGGGCCCACCACUCGCGCUGUGAAGCGCAUGCUCCAGCAUGCGGCUAGGGAGAUCCGCACCAGCGGGGCUCAGGACUUCGAACCUCGCCACAUCAUCAACGCAGCGUGGUCUCUUGCCCGGUGGCAAAGGCACUGCCGCCUUAUGGGUUGGCCGCAGGAGCUGAAGCCGUAUGUCUGCCGACCGGCUCUUCGUGUGCUGCUGGGCGCGGCUGCUCGAGACCUGAAGAAGUUUGCAGCGCGGGAGCUGAGCCGCCUGAUGUGGGCCGGCGCGAGUCAAUCUUGCUUGAAGCUCCGGGAGCUCGGACCCCCUCUCCUCCAGUAUGUCAGGACUUCCCAUGCCGCAGAGUUCGAUGCCGAUGACCUGGUGAGCCUGGUCAACUCUUUGGCAUGGAUGCUUGAACGCCUGGUGUGGGAAGCUCCUGGACGCCGCACCAAAUCCAUGCUGCCACAGCUAUGCCCGAGAAUGCCUGGUACGCCCAUGAGCGAUACUGCACGGCACUUACAGGGAAGGCGCCCGGCAGCCCCAAGUCCUUGA